AUGGCAGACAUAAAGAACGAUACCAAAAUUGAGGCAUCGUCUGGCCAAGACACGCCGCCCACCAAUAAAGAAGAUGUCGCUUUCGCAGAGUCCGCGUCGAACAGCAGUCAGGAAUUCGGAUUCGAUGAGAAACAGACGAAGACUCUGAUUCGCAAGAUCGACUUUGCGCUGCUUCCGUUUUUGGCUCUUCUAUACCUGUUGUCGUUCCUCGACCGGACCAACAUUGGAAAUGCUCGUCUGGCCGGUCUCGAGAAGGAUCUCGGCAUGGCAGGACUGGAUUACAACAUUGCAUUGGCAAUCUUCUUCCCAUUCUACGUUGCAGCUGAAAUUCCGUCCAACAUGAUGAUGAAGCGCACAAGGCCUUCAUUCUGGAUCCCGACCAUCAUGGUCGCCUGGGCUGUUUGCACGACUCUUAUGGGUCUUGUCAAGAGCUUCGGCGGGCUCUUGGCUGCGCGUGCCGCUCUCGGUAUCGCAGAGGGUGGUCUUUUCCCAGGUGUCACAUACUACAUCACGCUAUGGUACCGACGACACGAAUGCGGUUUCCGGAUGGCUAUCUUCUUUUCUGCUGCAACAGCUGCUGGUGCCUUUGGUGGUCUCCUGGCUCGUGGUAUCAGCGAGAUGAACGGCGUCUCAGGCUUGGGCGGCUGGGCCUGGAUCUUCAUCCUCGAAGGUAUCGUUACCUUUGUCGUGGCGAUCAUCGCGUAUUUUGUCAUGCAAGACUACCCAUCAACGGCCAAGUUUCUGUCCGAGCAUGAGCGCACCGAAGUCACCCGUCGACUUGUCCAUGAUCGGAGCUCCCUGGCAGACGAAUUCGACAUGCGGUAUUUCUGGGAUGCCAUCAAGGACUGGAAGAUCUGGGUCCACAUGUUCAUCACGAUCGGAUGCUACACCCCACUGUACUCGAUCUCACUCUUCCUGCCUACUAUCGUCCGCACACUCGGCUAUACCAACAAUACCGCACAACUCAUGACCGUUCCCCCGUACGUGGUCGCCUGUGUGGCUUGUAUCUCUGGUGGGUAUGCCGCAGACCGCCUCAAGACUCGUGGUCUGUUCAUGAUUGGUUUCUUCUGCACCGCUAUCAUCGGCCUGAUAAUGCUGAUCUCCUCCGAUCGCGCUGGCGUUAAGUACGCUGGGUGCUUCUUCUUCGCAUCUGGCAUCUAUCCCAAUGUCCCACAAGGUGUGGCGUGGAACGGCAACAACAUCGGCGGCUCCCUGAAACGCGGUGUCGGUAUUGCCAUGCACGUCGGCUUCGGUAACUUGGGAGGUGUGAUCGCCGGCUUCAUCUACCUUAGCAAGGACAGCCCGCAUUUCCGCCAAGGCCAUGGCAUUCUCAUUGGCAUGAUCACGAUGUCUACCUGCCUGUGCGCGUUCAUGACGCUGUACGUGCGGCGCGAGAACAAGCGACGAGAUGCCGCGCAUAAGGCCCCAGAGUUGUAUACUCAGGAGGAGAAGGACGCCGAGCGAACGAAGGGUGACAAUGCCAGCUUCUUCCGCUACACCUUCUGA